AAAAUAUAAGAUGUAAGAUAAAAAUAUACUAAAUGUAAUAGUCACAGUAUUUACAUUAUGGCAAAUGAGUGCAAACAUGAAUAUCCAUAAAGUGUCUUUGUGCAUUAGCAGCAGAACAUCAGAAAGGUAGGGAGUGAGGGAGGGGGGGUGAUUGUUAAUGUGUACAAAGAGGAGGGGUGGCACAGGCUACAGCUCUGGGGAAGAGCUGUAGCCUAACUUGCACAAACUUGCACAAAUCUUUAAAAAGUCAAGCUGCAAUCGACUAACGUUUGUUUCUGAAACAUUUAUGGAGAGAAUUUGUGUUUCAGAAAAAAUAUGUAUAUAUUAUAAUUUACUAUGUAUCAGUUUCCGCCUGUGGUGGCGCUCGAGCGCUGGACACAGCGAUAAGCAUCCGAGUCUACCAGAAGAAGAAGAGCGCAAGAACAUAAACAUUAGAAGCGAAACAGUUGUUGGUUAUGCCCUCCCUAUGCUGUUUUUAUCUCACUCUGAAGAAGUCGCAAACUGGAGGAAUUACUGCAGGAGAAACAGCUGACAUACUAUAGUGAAGAUGGAGACUGAGGAAGAACCCUGCAGAAUAAAGGAGGAAGAGACAGAGGAACAAAUAGAUGCGGAUGAAAAUGCAGUCAGUUCACAGACUGAAGACACUUCCAGACCAAAACAAGCUGGAAGAACUGCAGUCGAAGGAUCUUUCAUCUGCUCCGAGUGCGGAAAGAGUUACAAAAGCAAAGACAGUCUUUACAGACACACAAGAUUUCACUCUGGGCAAGGCCUGUUCACAUGCACUCAGUGUGGCAAGGAUUUUGUUCAGAAAGGACAGCUUGAUAAACACAUGAGGAUUCACACCGGAGAAAGGCCGUAUGCAUGCUCUCAAUGUGGAAAGAGUUACAAUGACGCCGCUACAUUGAAAAUGCACACGAAGACGCACAGCGGAGAGAAACCGUUUACGUGCAUUCAAUGUGGAAAGAGUUUCAUAUAUAGGAAGACUCUAAAGGAUCAUCAGCUCUCUCACAAUGCGGUAAAGCCAUUCAGCUGUGAUCAGUGCAGCAAAGCAUUUACAUUAGAAAAAUACUUAAGACAACAUCUUCAUGUGCACGCUGCCGUGAAGCCCUACGUCUGCUUCUGUGGGAAAAGUUAUACGACAAUGAACAUGUUAAAUGAGCACCAGAGGAUUCACACCGGAGAGAAACUGUAUCAGUGCUCACACUGUGCAAAGAACUUCACUUACUCAAACUCCUUGAAAGUUCACCAGAGGAUUCACACUGGAGAAAAGCCCUAUCGGUGCUCUUCAUGCGGGAAGAGUUUCACUCAGUUAGCAAGCUUGAAAGCUCAUCAGAGGAUUCACACUGGAGUCAAACCCUAUGUGUGUUCAGACUGCGGGAAGAGCUUUAGUACAUCGAGCAGUUUAACUGCACACCGGAGGAUUCACACUGGAGAGAAACCGUAUCAGUGUUCACACUGUGGAAAGAGUUUCAAUCGGACAGGAGGCCUGAAAGAUCAUCAGAAAGUUCACACUGGGGAGAAACCACACCAGUGCUCCUCGUGUGGAAAGAGUUUCACUCAAAUGUCUAAUCUGCGGGUUCAUAUUGAAAAAAUUCACAGCCCAAAGUUGCUUGAAUAAGAAAUAUUUAAUCAUGUAAAAAAUGUAAUCUGGAUCACAUUGAUUCAGAUUUGAAAAUCCCAUGUUUUGUUAUCCAGGAUUAACUGAUCUAUCUUACUUUUAUGACAGUUUUUAAAAGGAACUUUGGGUUGGAUCACUGUGAUCCAAAUACCAAAUUUCAGGAUUAUCAAAUCCCGUUUACCACAGCCUUAAAUGGAACCAACAGCAUAGCCGACUGGUUUAGCAAAGAACAACAAGUAGGCGAAAAACCAGCGGCCACAAACAACCAUUGUUUGUUUUAAUGGUAAGAACCUGGGGUCCGUUCUUCGUACGUGGAUUACUCGGUUAGCUGGAUUUGGAUAUUGACGAUUUGACAUGAUC